UCCACCGAUCUCUUCAACAUUAAUCAACUCUUCUUCACCAAACUUAACCUCUUUCAAACAUUAAUUAAGAUGAAACUUCUUGGUCUCUUUCUUUGUGUAACUCUCUUGUUCCUUUGUCCGUUCAUAUCUCAAGCUGAUGACGACUCCAAAUCUGAUCCACAACAGGUGCACGUAUCAUUGGCGGGUAAGGACCACAUGAGAGUAACAUUCAUAACAGAAGACAAGGAGGUGGAGUCGGUGGUGGAAUACGGUAAACAACCAGGAAAGUACGUCGGAAAAGCCUUUGGAGAAAGCACUAACUACGGAUACCUUUAUUACGAAUCCGGAGAAAUCCACCACGUCAAGAUCGGACCCCUCCAAUCCAACACCAUUUACUACUACCGUUGUGGUGGCAACGGUCCUGAAUUUUCUUUUAAGACUCCUCCGUCAACUUUUCCGGUCGAGUUCGCAAUCGUAGGGGACCUAGGCCAAACCGAAUGGACAGAUGCAACAUUAUCUCAGAUAAAGAGUCAAGACUACGACGUCUUUCUACUUCCUGGCGACCUCGCCUACGCUGGCAGUCUUUCCCAGUCACUUUGGGACUCUUUUGGUUCCUUGGUGGAGCCACUCGCGAGCCAGCGUCCUUGGAUGGUUACUGAAGGAAACCACGAGAAAGAAUUCUACAUAAACUUCAGGUCAUACAAUGCCCGGUGGAAAAUGCCUCACACCGAGAGCCUCUCUGACUCCAACCUGUACUACUCUUUUGAUGUAGCUGGUGUCCACACGGUUAUGCUCGGUUCUUACACCGACUUUGACAGUUAUUCCGAUCAGUAUCAAUGGCUCGAGGCCGAUUUAGCAAAGGUUGACCGUGAAACGACCCCGUGGGUGGUAGUGUUGAUGCACGCCCCGUGGUACAACACGAACGAGGCACAUAAAAGUGACGGAGAGAAAAUGAGGAAAGCUAUGGAGUCUUUGCUCUAUAGUGCUCGAGUCGACGUCGUCUUUGCUGGCCAUGUUCAUGGCUACGAACGUUUCAAACGUGUAUAUAACAACAAGGCCGACCCAUGUGGGCCUAUAUACAUCACCAUCGGUGGCGGAGGCAGAAGUCUUGCACCACCGUUUAAGAAGCAUCAUUCAAAAUUAUCGGUAUAUCGCGAAUCGAGUUACGGACAUGGGAGACUGAAGGUUAUUGACGGGAAACGAGCACAUUGGUCGUGGCAUAGAAACACUGACUCGAAUUCAAGUCCUGGUGACGAAUUCUGGCUUGAGAGUCUUAGCGCAUCAUCGUCAUGUUGGCCUUCGAGUCGUUCCAAAGAUGAGCUAUAAAUCAUCAUAUACCAAAAAUAAACAUUUUAGACUUCUUAUGUUCACUAGAUCGCUUUUAGAAAAGUAAGGAACUACACGUAUGAAGAAUAAAGUCCUUCAGAACCUGGCAACUACUCUGCAUUUGUUUGACGUUUUCUUGUUUUGAAUAAGUCCUCCUUGUUUAUAGGAGAAGAAUUGUUGCAUGUUAGUUAAGCUAGCUCCUUUUAUCCUCUGCUUCUAAUUGUACUAAUUAGAGUGUUUGAUAGAUACACAUG